CUCUCGCAACGCGUCGUUUACGCGCAGGAGUUAACCGGCGCUCUGCCACAUUUGAAAGGCUCUUGUCGUCCCACCUUCUGCGGAGCUGUCGGCGCUCUUCCCGACAUCCGGCGUUCAUUGGAGUGGCACAGGACUCCCUGAUCAGUGGCGACCAGAAGCGGAGCUGUCCAAGGACUUCCCCCCCGCCCACCGGCUGAGGUGGCCAUUCCUGUAAGCAAUAGCCAGUCCGGAGUGACAGUGAGGGGCCACUUGAUCCUUGAACAGACGGGUUGCACUCCAGUAUGCAGUUGGUGUGUUAAGGAUGGAGGACUCUAGUUUGUGUCUUGUUGUGUCGUCAGCAGCGCCUGACGCUGAUGACCAUCUGAGCAAUGCUGUGUUAAAUGGCCGCUACCCCAUCAGUCAAAAGCUCCACCAGCUUACUGCCCAGCUAGGACACGCCUUUCCUGACCUACACUGCCCACAGCAGAUCCCCGAAGAGAAAGCAGCCACGCCUUUGGACGAGAAGACCCACCACGCGGCCCUGGCCAGUCAACCUAUCAGCAGUCAGAUGGCCCUGCUCGCCAAUCAGCUCAACCGAGACAUUGACGCAGGGGCACUAAGUGGGUUGAACGGGCGCGUUGACCUGCAGCAGUUUCUCAACGGCCAGAACUUGGGCAUCAUGUCCCAGAUGAACGAUAUCGAAGAUGACGCCCGCAAGAAUAGGAAGUAUCCCUGUCCACUGUGUGGCAAGCGCUUCCGUUUUAACAGCAUCCUGUCCCUGCAUAUGCGCACGCACACAGGAGAGAAGCCCUUCAAGUGCCCCUACUGUGACCACCGAGCGGCUCAAAAGGGGAACUUGAAGAUCCACCUGCGCACCCACAAGCUGGGGAACCUUGGUAAAGGCCGCGGCCGUGUCCGAGAGGAGAAUAGGCUGCUACAUGAGCUGGAGGAGAGGGCCAUCCUCAGAGACAAGCAGUUGAGAGGGAGCGGCAGUCUCCUCCAGACACCUAAAACACCCCAUUCGGGCAUCAAUAGCAGCUCUAACACCCAUCAGCAGCAACUCGGCUCAGCCUGUGGCCUCCUGCUACCCCCCUCUGGCCUUGCCACUCCAGACACAAUUCCCCAACCGUCUUCUUCACCCAAGCCGGCUGGCACCCUGGAUGAACAGUCCUUGAACCCAACUACAGGCUUCCGCUGUACCUACUGUAAAGGGAAGUUCAAGAAGCGCGAAGAGCUGGACCGCCACAUCCGCAUACUCCACAAGCCCUACAAAUGUACCCUAUGUGAGUUUGCUGCCUCCCAUGAAGAGGAUCUGAUAAGUCAUGUGGAGAAGGCCCACAUCACAGCCGAGAACACACAGGGUGGUGCCGGUGGCACGCAGGUGGCCACCGAAUUCCGCUGUGAAGUGUGUAGCCAGGUUUUCAGCCAAGCUUGGUUCCUUAAGGGCCACAUGCGCAAGCACAAGGACUCCUUUGAACACUGCUGCCAAAUCUGUGGCCGACGCUUCAAGGAACCCUGGUUCCUGAAGAACCAUAUGAAGGUGCAUCUCAACAAGCUGGCAAUCAAGAACAAGCCACACCAGCCCAGUGAGCAGGACAUGGCUGCCGUCAAUAGCAUGAGCAAUCUAGCACAGGAAGCUCAUGCCAAUCUUUACUCCCGCUACAUCUCCUGUCUUCAGGCAGGGUUCCUCUCACCAGACAAACAGGGCCUGAGUGAGCAGCAUCAAAUGUUGGCUAAAGCAGGGAUAGCCAUGAAGGAAAAGGAGAUGCUGGGGAAGCUGCUGGGGCCAAUGGCAGGAGGUAUGGGCCAUGGGCUGGGAGAAAAUGAGAAGCGCUCACUCCUGGGUUGUCUCAACCUUGUGCCACCACUGAAAUCGAGCUGCAUGGAGCGCCUCCAAGCCGCUGCAAAAGUGGCAGAGAUGGACUCCCUCAAUAGCUACCAAGCCUGGCAGAUAAUGGCUCGUGGCAUGGCUAUGGACAGGGCCUUCAUGCCGAAGGAGCAGCACCAGCACCAUUUACCCCCGGGACAGGAAGAUGAGAUGGGUGGUGCUGGAGUCUUGGCUUCCUUCUCAAAGGAGAAACAAGACUACUUGAUUGCUUCCAAUGAUAGCUCCAAGCAGAAGCAGCUCUCGGAGUCCUUGCAGGGAUCCAAGGCCGCUGGCGGAGGCAUGAUAUCCAUGAAGGAGGAUGGAAGAGGCUUCGACAGUCACCGUGACUUAAUGUCUGUUCACGGUAGUUCUGAGGCUCCUGGAGCACUGGCUGGCUUGGGAAGCCCAAACAUCGACUACAGCCUCUCCGUCCUAAAGGAGAAGCCUUCAGAAUGCCCCGACUGUGGCCGGGUCUUCCGAACCUACCAUCAAAUGGUGGUCCACUCCCGCGUUCACGGCAAAGACAGGCGAGGCAUCGAAGAAGCGCUGCAGCAACAAGGUGUGGACGAACGGCGUGGAUCAGCCAGUGACCCCGAGUCCCAGUCCAUCAGCCGCUCCACCACUCCUGGUUCUUCCAAUGUGACAGAGGAAAGCGGAGCUGGAGGAGGACACUCCCAGACAGGAAGCGUCCAGGAUGACAGCCCACAUCCCUCCUCACCAUCUUCAGCGGUGGAACAAGACGUACGAGGAGCCCUAUUAACCCUCACACGCAAGGACGGGUGUCGGUGUGCGUCUGUGUGUGAUGUCGGGGAGGACUCGGGGAAGGCGGCGGGGAGCAUUCAGCCGUCGCUGUCCCAGCACCGCGAGCGAAGCGCGGGCUCGUCCUCCAAGGAUUGCCACUACUGUGGCAAGUCCUUCCGCACCUCCCACCAUCUCAAAGUCCACCUGCGGAUACACACAGGAGAGAAACCCUACCGGUGCCCUCAUUGUGACUAUGCCGGCACCCAGUCUGCCAGUCUGAAGUACCACCUGGAGCGCCACCACCGCGAGCGUCAAAAUGGCUCCACCACCUCAGGCCACACCCCUUCUUCUGACCACAAAGAGGAGCAUGGGAAGGCAACCGGUGGAGGCAUCUUUGCCCGACCAGAUGUCCUCCGUAAUGUCUUCAAGAGCAUGCCCCCCAACCUCGACUUCAGGGCAGGUCCAAUGCUGCCGCAUCAGUGGGCAUCGGCUGGCAUGAUGUCUCCGCAUGACCGAGAUCGUGAGCGCGGAGACCGCCGCUUUGACUCCGCCUCUUCAGCUGAGAACAUGAAGACUGCUGAUGGCCCGUCCGCCCUCCUCACAACAGGGGUAGAUAGCUUCACCGACCUCAGCAGAGCUUACCAAAGCAUGAUGGGAAACGGGGUCCACUUUCAAGGCUCUCUCCAGGCCUUCAUGGACAGCUUUGUGCUCAGCUCCAUGAAGAAGGACAUGAAGGACAAUCAGAGUUCUGUCCAGCUCCAGGCCCAGUGUUACCAUGACAAUGGCGAGCCCAAAGCAAAGCGGGCCGUUUCAGUUGACCAGGAAAGAGAAGACAAGGCUGAAGCCAAACCGAACUCAAAGCCUGGUAAACCUGGGUCCCAGUAUGAACCACUUGAUCUCUCCGUGUCAGUCCGGCCUGAGUCUGCAUCCGGGUCCCUCCCCGGCUCUUCAGUCACCAUCCAUGAUAAUGUGGCGUGGCAUGGCUGCCUCUUCUGCUCCUUCUCCACCUCCUCAUUCGAGCUCAUGGCUCUGCACCUCCAGGCCAACCACCUGGGUAAGGCCCAACAGCUGCGGUCCGAUACAGGCAAGGAGCUCCAUGGAGAGAGCUGUCCCACCACCUCCGUCCUUCACUCCUCCAACACCAAGACCUCUGGUGUGGCCCUUGACAAAGACGGAGAGAGAAAUGGAGAGAAAAGCCAUGGAGGCUGGAACAACCACAUGGACCAGCCCUACAACCCCUUCCAGAGUGACUUCUACAGGCGGUUUGGUGGCUUGUAUGACGGAUCCCAGAGGGUCAACCAGGGCCUUCAGGCGUAUUUAGCCCCAGCAGAGCAGGGUAUUGACCUACCCACUCGGGCCUGUGGUGGAGCAACUCCAGCUGCGGAUGACCAGAUCGGUGAUCGAGGCUCCCGUGGAGACACCGAAGAGGACCAGGUUGGAUCAGACGAUGAAGUUGCAAAGGCCGGGGGCCGCAGUGCCAGCGACACCCCCUCAACAACCCCCAAGAGACAGCAGCAACAGAAUCACUCCGAUGAAGAGGAAGAGGAGGGAGGAGUGGCUGAAGAGGAGGAGGAAAGAGACGAAGAUGAGCAAAUGGACGUUGAGAGAGAGGAGGACGGAAGUCCGACUUCAGACCGCUUCCAGAACCACUCCAAACACCUCCAAGACGACUCCUCUCUGCCCUCAAGGGGCGGAGGUGGUUUGGCCGCAUCUGCCUACGCCAUGACACCACAUCCUCUGGUUCCCCAAACCAAGAACCAAGCUUUGCCACUGGAGAAGCAGUGGCAGCAAGGCCUGGCCCUCCUGUCUCCUGGAGGUCCCCCAGGACUGUUGAAGACUGAGCAGCACAGCCACCUAGAACAGCAGAUGAACAUGCUCUCGGUCCUCAGAGCCUACAGCAAUGACAACCUCCCCGCGUUCAACGGCCUGGGAGGGGGAGCGCCCACAGGGGGCAUGAAGAGGCCAGAUGCACCUGUGCAUCUCUGGGUAGGAGAGGAGGACCAGCCAAUGACCCACGACCCCGCGCUGACCCACGACCCCAACCAUCUUAACAACGACCUUAACCACCCUAACAACCAUAACCUAGGCGACCCAGAGGGGCUGGAUGCCCACGCUGUGAACAAAGACUAACGGCACCGCACCGGAGCAGGACAGGAUGAUGAGGAUGGUGAUGAUGAACGCGACGAGGAGGAGAAGCAGGAUGAAGCAUGAAGGAUUAAAUGAAGGAGUAGACUAUAACAAAGACUUUAUUUAAGAUUUUUUUUUAAACACAUACUACCGUCAGAACUAUAUGAAGGAAAGUCUGGGACAGUUUACUGUCGGGGACGGAUUUGCGAGGUUGCUUGGACACUAAACGAAGUGAGGGCAACUUUCCUGUUUGGUCUCCCGUGGUCGGGAUGCCCUCUCCGUCUUUGUUACACAAUGUUGUUUUCUUUUGCCCUUUUUUCUUUUCAUGAUACUACCUGUCUGAUUAGCACUUCCUGUAACCGGCACCGCAGAUCUCUGAUACAUUCCCUGAGCUAGAAAGGUGUGUCUUUUUUUAAGAAGAAAAUGAAUACACACAAAAAGCCACAAGAGUAGGAUUGAAGUGUAGCGCUUAAUCGAAGGCUUUCUAAGACUUGUUCCUCUCCUGUUGAAUGAAGAAGACAGGUGGUGUUUCACCGUUAUAUCGUACCUGGAAUGUAUUCUACUGUAGAAUAGAAACCCGACUUCACCGGGGCGGUUGACAGAGACCAAGCACAUUUCUUUCUGUCAGACCAGCCGCCCCCUGGCUCUCCUGUCAGUCACAGAGUCCCCAUGAUGCAUCACACCAGUCCUGGUUGAAGGACAGGGCACCAUAUGACAAUCUGCAAUGCAAAGAAGAAGAAAAAACACAGUUGACUUUUGACAAUGGUGGUGCUAAUGAUGAUUGUGAAGAAGAAAGACUAUUCAAGCUGCCCUAAAUGUACUUAUAAUACUACAGUAUACCCCCCCCCCUCCCCCUCUCUCUCCAUCCCCAGGCCAGUACAGGCCUUCACCCUGCUAUAUGGCUGUCUUUUUUUUCUUUUUUUCUUUCUUGUUCUUGUAUCAUUCGACACAGCGCCCAUAGUCGCGUAAUGUACAUAGAGAGAUAUACAGUAGUAAAAAAAAAAAAAAAAAAAAAGGAGUGGAAACAGGUUUUAAAGCAUUUGUGAAAAGGCAGAAGCAAUGAAGUGACAGUAGUUUACACGGCCACACUCUCAAAAAAGGUAGGCAUUUUCUUCUGGAGUUUGACUGAGAAAAAGAAGAAAAAAGAAAAAAAGGAAGAAAAAAAAGAAGGGGGGAACAGUUUCUUUCUCUAUCGCCCUUCGCCCCUCUCUUCAUCUCUCAUGUCAACCUCAAGGACUUUAGCGUCGCAGAUGUUUCAAAAAUACUGCCACCGAUAUUGUUGCACAGUGUUACUGACUACUGAAAAAUGGUUUGAUGUAUUUACUUUAAGAUGAGUAAAAAAAUAACAAAAAAGAACAAAAAGAACAACAAAAAACUGGAAAAAAAGACAUAUUGUGUAUAGCCUUAGAUACAAGUCAUCUGUUAUUGCUUCUACAAUAUGUAGCUGUGCUAGACCGUAGGACGUAGGGUUCAUUUAAUUUGUUUCUUUUGUUUUCUUUCUUUUUUAUAUGUACUGUACAUUAAUGCCUUCUCCAUAUAAUGAUAAAAAAGAGGAAAAAGAUGACAAUCGUCUCCUGUGCUGCAAACAUAUUUGCCCCCAUAUAUACAGAACCCAUUAUGCAUAGAGGGACUUAAUCCUUUCUUAUUUCUUUCAUUUGUUUCAGUUCUCUGAAGUAUUUUGCACUGUGAUAGUAUUAUAAAUCCAACCUAUACAGUACAAAACUAGCUAACUAACUAAACUGAAGGUGUGUGUUUGUGUGUCCCUUGGCAUUGUGAAAUGUUUCUACGUCAUUUUUUUGUUUGUUGUGAAACCCAGAGAACAAUUCUAAUGCGGUAUGUACAGUCCAACUAUGAUACUCAUUUCAGUUUGAGCAACCCAUAUACUGUAUGUGGCUUUGACAAAUUGUCCCCACCCCCCCCCUCCCCCGCAGCCCCAAUUCAUUUUUGAUGAAACGUCUGGGCCUGCAGCGUGGGGCCCGGUACCGCUUUAGCCUGCGUGAUCUUCUGUGCUCAGAUUCCACCGCGAGGAGAUUUUGCUGCAGGACAGCCUCUUGUUUCUUUUUGUUGUUGUUGUUUUUUAUUUUUAUUUGAUUUGUGUAGACUACAAAUAAACCAUUCUUUCAAUUCCAAUAUGCCAGGAAAGGAGGGGAUAAAAAAACAAAAAAUAAUGAAGAGUGAGACAUAUGAAAAGUGAUGGUUGUAGGGAAAUAUAACAGGGUGUUUUGAAGGGAGGAAUUCUGGAAAUGGGGUCUGAGUGAACCAAUCAGACGAAUCCUGCUGGAGGCACUUGCCAGUGACUUUGACCUCUGACCCCAUCUCUGUUUUCCAGGCGUGUAAAGAAGAGAGAUUAAUGGCGAGAGUCUCACUGGGGCUCUCUCCUUCUCUGAACCAGCUAUAAUGAGCAUUCCACUCCACAUAUUAUGUACAAAACCUGUCUUGUGAGCUGAACACUCUUUAUGUUUCACUGUACCCUCAUGGCAGAUGCUUUGUUUUGUAACUACUGAACUGUACUUAUAGUAAAAAUAAAAUGUAUUCAAACUAAAAAAAAAAGAAAAAAAUUUGAUUCUCACAGAGCAAAC